UAGAUACAAAAAAUCCGCUACCUUCAAUAUUUCUACAACGAUUAGAUUCUUAAUUGCUACGUUGAGCUACUUUUUAGUAAAUUCAAAAAUGGCACUAUAGGUAAUAUUAAAACAAGUAAGUACUUAACUAUUUGCUCGUAAUAGAAUUUUUCAUAGCUAUCCGAAAGUUAAACACCUCUGGUAGGGUCGUUUUUCAAAUUUCGUGAUAAUAAGUAGGUAAAAAGCUUCGUGUUUAAAUUAUUAUAGAUCAACUGUCAAUAUUUUCUCUUUUUUAUUUUUCUUGAGUUUACUUGGUCAAUACAAUUUCAUGUGGAAAAUAAAUUUGAAAACGAUUUAUUUUUAGCAUGCAUAGGUACCGUAAUAAAAUAUAUAAGCAGCCGAUAUGCAUCCGUAACCAAUUUGAUUUAAUAGUCGUUCCUAUAACUUAUAGAAAUAGUAGUUUUGAUAUGCCUUGUCAUAAUAUUUUCCUAUUGUUAUAGUAAGAUUGUAAUUUUACAAUGCAAAUAGUUUUAUUCGCAAUAUUAUUUUUUGUUGAAAUUCAAUGUAAAAUAACUAAAGCGGUUAAUUCAAAAGAUGACGUAAAAAUUUGGAAACCUGAUGAUGGUUUUAAUGAAUCAUUGCCAUCAACAAUGAAAAGACAAAGGCAGUUCACUAAAAAUGAUAAGCCUAUUUUUCGGCAAAACUUAUACACACAAUACGAGGCCAAGAGCAAAUGGCCAAAGAUACUGCGAAAGUCUACAACAAAAUCAGCGGCAAGGCUGACUAAAAUGCAUUUGAUGCAAGAGGAAAAAAAAACAACGAUUAUUGAUUUAAAUCAAUUGAAUGAAAAAAAUCAAGUUAUCAGUGAAUAUCUAAGUUCAUAUAGUAUAAAGCAACAACUUGAAAAGAUUUCUAAACAUAUACCGCAUUCAAAUGUAACCCUGGAAGUGAUUGGUCGUACUAAAGAGUAUCAAGAUAUUGUUUUACUUAAAAUUACAAAGGAAAGUGGCAGAUACUUUAGGGCUGAUGACGAAAAGUAUGCCGAUGACCAGCCACAAAAGAAAAUCAUAUUUAUCGUGCAUGGCUUAAGCGUUAUGGGCAUAAGAUCACUACCGUGCCUGUCAUGGGCACCAUCAUUUCUUACACUUGUGUCAUACUAUGUUGAACAUUUGGAUGAAUUUGAUAUAUUUUUGAUACCUAUGGCAAAUCCAGACGGUUAUGCUUUCCUUCAAUCUUCAAAUAUCUGGGACAAAAACGUCGCUCCACAAACUGAGUGCGCAGGCGUUGCAUUGGAUCGCAAUUUUAAUGUCGCUUGGAAUAAUAGCCAUUCUAUCAGCUCAUGUAGUCAAGAGUAUCCGGGCAUGAUGCCCUUUUCGGAAGAAGAAACUCAGGCCAUACGUAGCGUAUUUCAUAAGUACAGCCACAAGAUUGUUGCUUAUUUGAACGUACAUGCAGGCACCUACGGACCUGAAACAUUUAAGGGGGAUGCAGUUUUAUACCCCAAAGGCUACACCGAUUCUAUAACAGAUGAAGAUAAGUAUAUAGAUUUGAAAGGAGAAAUUGACGAGGCGAUCAGAAACGCAAGUUUUCAAGUGUUCUCAGUUGCUGUAGAGACUCUUUAUAAUUGGUAUGGCAAGGUUUCUGGAUCAAGCGUGGAUUACGCUGCUACGGUGUAUGGCAUUCCGUUUGCUCUAGAAAUAGUAAUGCAACUGUAUAAUAAUGAAAACGUAGAUGAAUAUAGCGAAAAUUUCUCGGAGAGUGCUCUUACUCAGGUAUGGAGUAGAGUCAUUGAUGUGAUAUUCAAUUAUAUAUGGAAGACUACAAACAAGGGCAUGGAAGUUCGGUUUAUAAUGGCCGUGUGGAUCGCAUUUGUAUUCGGCUUAGUGAGCAUUUGGCAAGUGGGCUGCAGGACAGAAGACAAUAAUUAUGACGAUUAUGCUCUAAUAAAAAUCUACCCAACAAACACACAACAGAUCGAAGCGCUAAGAAGGCUUGGAGACCCCGAAUACAGGCUAGAGUUUCUGAAGAGAAGUCGAAGUUUUAACGACAGCACUGAUGUCUUGGUACCGCCUGAUGAAAUUCCUAAUGUACAAAAUUUUCUCAAGAGUCAAUACUUAGACUACGAUGUCAAACCUAAUUACGGCAGAUCACUCGAAAGUGCUGAGAGAACGCCAAAGAGGAGAAUUCUGCGAGGGUUUGGUGUAUUUGAAUAUCACUCCUUCCAAGCGAUUCAAGAAUUCAUAGAUAAUUUAGCAAAACGACACCCUGAUUUGGUUACGCUGCAAAAUCUAGGGACCAGUUAUCAGGGACGGCGAAUGAAACUUGUCAAGAUAUCCUCAAACCCCGAUGCUGGAAAUCCUAUUAUAUUUAUUGACGCUGGCAUCCAUGCGCGUGAGUGGGUGGCGCCGGCGAUGGCCGUGUAUCUGAUCCAUAGAUUGGUCAACGACCCCGAGGCCCGCCAGGAGCUCGAUGGCGUAGACUGGUACAUCCUGCCCGUCGUCAACCCUGAUGGCUAUGAGUACACACGCACUAGUCGAGCUCACCGCAUGUGGAGAAAGACAAGGUCAAAGAACAAUCUUUUGGGCUGUUUCGGGGUCGACGGCAACCGCAAUUAUGGUUUCAAAUGGGCGGUCAGCGGUGUAUCCUCAAAUCCGUGCGAUACAGAGACGUAUGCUGGACCGAAACCCUUCUCAGAAGUUGAGACUCAGAUGGUGCGGAAUAUCAUGCUGGAAAAUAGUGAACGGUUGAAGUUGUAUGUAUCCUUGCAUUCUUAUGGGCAGUAUUUGGUGUAUCCCUGGGGUUACACAGGGGACUUCCUGCCUAAAGAGUGGAAAAAGUUGGAUAGCUUGGCACGAUCUGUAUCAGACGCAGUACAGAAGGCAGGAGGAGAACCUUUUAGGGUACUGAGUGCAGGGAAAUGGUACCCGGCCGCAGGAGGAAGCGAUGAUUUCGCCUACGGAGUAGUUGGAGUCCCAUACUCUUUUACAAUGGAACUUACAGAUGGUUACGAAUUCAUAUACCCUGAAAGACUAUUACGCGUUGUGUUACCACAGUUCUACGAAGGUUUCAGAACAUUUGCAGAGCAAAUUAAGAUGGAAUUUUCACCGAAAUACGCCGGACGGAAUGUUCAAUCUCGAAGAUGACUCGAGAGGAAAUCAGCUAAUUUUGUUAUGCUUCAUGCGUUAGGCUAAGAAAAAAUAAAGAAAUUAUUUGAAAUAAAGAAAUAAGAACUUA